AUUGAAAAAUAUCCGGUCUAGAUGUUUGAUGCAUUCAAACACAAACGGUGUCCAUUGUCUUAAGAAGAAAUAGGUUUUGUUACUAAUAGUCUCCAUGAAGCUCCAUAUUUCCUGGUUUACUUGAUCAAAUCGUACUUUUGGCUCAAGAAUCUUCACAUAUUUGUGAUUUGUACUGGGUCGUCCUUGUUGUGUUGUGCUCCUUUUGUGUCACUUAUUCGAUAUUAAGGGCAGGUGAGGGUCAUUAGUCAUGACAGCAUAUGCCACCAACAUACCUGCCAUAGAUCCCAGUUUAGGACAACUCGUUGAAUUACCAAUAGAUCAAGCUGGCGCAUACGUCAUCCAAGAUGCAAGUGGUGGUCAAAUCCAAUUAGGCAGUAUUCAGGGUGGAAAGAGUUUACUGAAACCCGAAUUAGCCCAACACUUAAGCCAGCAUACUGGUUACAAGUCGAAUGUUGGCAGAGGAGGCUUCACUUUGAGUAGUAAUGACGCUCGUUGGGUUUCACUCAAUGCAAAUCGUGGAUCACGUAGCAUCACCAGCCGUAAACCUCUAAAUGCAAGUGCUCCUGCAGCUCAAUCAGCUGGACUGCAAUCUACUGUAUUGGCACCUGCAGCUUCAGGAUUACUAUCCUUGGGUACUCGUUAUACUCCGUCUUCGGCUACUGUAUUUGGUACGACAGGAGGAGGCUCGAUAUCUGGUGUUAAUCAAGGUAUAACUGGUGCAGGGGCAGCUACAAUGAUACCUUCGGGCACACCAUCCAGUAAUAUUGUUUCAGGCGGUGUUGGUACAAUAGGCAGCAUGGGUGUGGAUCGAGACUCCGGUUAUCGUUUAGCCGCCGCAAUAGCUGGUACUAGUGGUCGAGGCCGCCCUCGAGGUCGAAGGCCUUUGAGGGGUCAGUUUCCUGUUGUUCCAAUUGAUAUGGUUCGACAAUUGGGCAUUGAACAGCAAGUCAUUUUACAACCGGCGGCCCCAGUUGCCAUGCGCAACAAAGCUGUGUUAUGUCGACCAUUGUCCAUGUGUCGUAAAACUCAAGCGAAUGCAACAACAUACGAGAAUUUAUCCCAACAUGGUGUUGCUGUGCAAACGGAUAAUUCUCUAACUGCAACAGAAUCAAGUAACAAAAAUGAUAAAACAUCUCUUGGGAUUGAAAUGCAAACCCAGACUGUUGACACAAAACCAGUUGAGAGUGAUGAUGAUGAUGACGACGAUGAUGAUAUGGUACCUGUAGGUGAAAUUGAAGAUGAUCAAAUAUUAAUGAAAUCUGACCAACCAAGUUUUAGUUGUGCUGAGACAUCAACUGCUGAUGACAUCGCUUUUGUCGAAUCUGGCACUCAAACAGAUUUAACUGAUGAAGAUGAAUUGAAAAAAAUGCCACUUGUACUACCCAUACCUAUCCCGGUUCCAAUCUAUGUACCUUUUCCAGUAUGUUUAUACGCAAGACCAGUGCCAUAUGCAAUCCCCUAUCCGUUACCAUGUCCAGUUCCAAUUCCACUUGUCUUCGAUGCUACUCCAGAAACUCCGCAUGUUGAAGACCAAGGACAACAAGUUGACUUAAGCGCUGGUAGAGCACUCAUCGACUCUUCCGUUAAAUUCAAUGUACAUGAUUCAUCAGUAACGGUAGGAGAUAAUGAUAAUCAAGCUGAUACACAGGUUGGUGAUUUAGAACGUUCAACACAGUCGAUUGAUUAUCCAUGUACAUCAUCAAUGUCAAAUGACGAAGAAGGCGAUAUAGAGACAAUUGAAGAGCCUAGUGAUGCUCCUGGCAAAUCUCGGAAUGUAUCUAAUCUUAAACGUCCUGCUCCAGAAGAGUCAUCAUCUUCAGACUCGUGGGCUUCAGAGUCAACUGCCACACAACAAUCCAAUGAACAUAAUCCACCAUUUCACCAUCAUCAACCGAUGACAUCGGUUGUGAGUCAUUCCAGUAGUGUAAGAGAGAUAGAUCAAUCGCUGCCACCGCCACCCCCAACUAAACGGUCUCGUCAAACUCUCACACCCAUACUUACAUCUGAUGCUAAUUACCAUUUGAAAUUCUCUUAUGGGAUCAAUGCAUGGCGUCACUGGGUACAGCAAAAAUCAACUUCUUCAUCUACAGACAAACCUAGAUCUAAUGCAGCUGCAAUGCAACAAUAUUCACACUUAUAUGCUGAUUUAUUAAACAUGAGUGAUGCCGAUCUUAAUAUCGCAUUAAGUCAGUUUGUUCGUGAAGUUCGCAAACCAAAUAAUGAAUGUUAUGUGGCUGAUUCAAUUUUCUAUUUGUGCCUAGGUAUUCAAGAGUAUCUCAACGAAAAUGGUCGUACUGUAAACUUAUUUGGCGAUCCUGCGUUUACUAGUCUAUCUAGAGCUUUGAAUGAAAUAUUAGCCAAUUUCCAACCACGUAUUAGUCCUGAAGGACUUCUUAUCUGUCGUAUCGAAGAAGAACAUUUAUGGGAAGCAAAACAAUUAGGUUCACAAUCAGCUGAGAUUUUAUUAUUCACUAUGCUUUACUACAAUACCAAACAUAUUGGUUUACGACUUGGUACCGUUCAUAGACAAUUAUCAUUCUCACAAUUUCAAAUCUCUGAAACAGCUGUUCUUUGUCAUUUACCUGGUAAUAUGUUUGGUGAAUCAGAUGAUUCUAUCACUACAUUAAGUUUAGAUGCAAAUCCUCAAAAUCCACAACGAUGUCCUGUUAAACUUUACAAAGCAUACUUUGCCCGUUGGUAAGUUUCUAUAAAAAUAUAAAAUUAACAAUUUUGUCCCAAUACUCACCUGUCCACUGUAUUAUAGCAUAGAGUUCCUAUGUAAAUUCAGUGUGAUCCUUUAAAAUAAUAAAUACAAUAGUUAAAACGGAAUAUAAAAAUUAUCACUGUUCGUAAAGUAUUAACAACAAAAUAAGAUGAUCAUGUUAUUACUCGGCUUGAAUUAUUGUUCUUUCAGUCAGAAACAUAACCUGAUUGCUAUAGAUAUCAAUUCCAUCUGAAGACCAACAUUAUCUAAACACCGUACAACCACUUCCUUUCCAAGUAGCUGUGGAAACAGCAGUGACAUAUAUUAGUGAUCCAAACCACAUGUUUACAAAGAACCAAUGGAUUUCUUCAAGGUUUACCACACUGAUGGAUUCUCGUAAACUCAUCCCAUCAGGUUCUGAACACGAUGGAGAGCGUAAACAAAUCAGAUCUAGGUUAAGCAAAAGUCUAAGGAAGGUUCGUGAGCAGUGGUGGGCAACGAAAGCAAAAGAGAUGGAAAAGGCGGCGGCUAUAGGGAACACGAGACAGCUCUACAGACUAAUAAAAGAAACUGGGAUUAAUAAAUCAAGUGAAAGUGAGACUAUUUUGGAAAAAGACGACACUCCCAGUCCAGACGUUUAGAACGAUGGGCGGAACAUUUCAGAGAACAGUUCAACUGGCCUUCAGCUACUCUACAACUACCCUCCAUUCCCAGACAGUGUGAAUGGAACAUUGAAGUAGGUCCCCCAACUCUAGCAGAAGUCCAAAAGGCUAUAGUUAAUCUGAAACGAGGAAGGGCAGCUGGCCCAGAUGGAUUGGCUCCAGAGGUCUUUAAGGAUGGUGGUCCAAUUUUAGCGAUUAGGUUGACUAAUAUUUUAGCUAAAAUCUGGGAGUUAGACGUUAUUCCAUCUAACUGGCCACAAUCACUUAUCGCCACAAUAUAUAAGAAAGGUUCAAAAUCAUCCUGUGACAACCAUAGAGGGAUUAGUUUAACUAAUAUAAUAUCUAAAAUACUAGCCUCAAUAAUUAUCAGACGCCUAACUAAGACUCGUGAACUGCAAACACGAGAGACUCAGGCUAGCUUCAGACCUGGUCGUGGCUGCAUCGACCACAUAUUCACCAUUCGUCAGAUUCUAGAACACAGGCAUACUUAUCGGCGUCCGACAAUGGUGGUCUUUCUCGACUUAAAAGCAGCAUUUGACUCGGCAGACCGCGAAAUUCUGUGGCAGUGUCUGUCAUUGAAAGGCGUACCCCAGAAGUACAUAAACCUUGUAAAGCCUCUUUACUCGAACACUAUUAGUCGAGUCAGAGCUUAUGGCGAACUGUCAUCUGCUUUUGCAACCUCAAGUGGUGUCCGUCAAGGCUAUCCAAUUCCUCCAUUUUUGUUUGACUUCAUCAUAAACCAACUGAUAGAAAUAACUUUCUCGUCGACUUAAUUCUCGGGUAUCGAUCUCCUCCCAGGAGGUGCACUUAUCGACGUCACCUGUGGCGAAGUCUAGGUAUCUUCCUAUCAAUAAAAAGACAAGUAUAUCCCACGGUAGUUCGUUGUGUUCUACUUAACGGCUGCGGGACGUGGCCAUUAGGAGUAGAAGAUACUUGUAAGUUACUAGUACUUGAUCACAGAUGUUUUGGAAAUAUUGCUCGCAUCUGCUGGGAUCACCGGGUAGGUAAUAGUGAGGUUAGACGCAGGGUAUUAAGGAAUGGCUCAGAAUCGAUCACAAUGGAGUCGGUGUAUACACUCUCUGUUUUCCCCUAAGCCGUGAGAUUAAAAUUGCUUUGUACCUUUCUUCCUGCACUAUAUCCUUAUACACAAUCUUUCCUUUAUAUAUUACCACCAUUGACUUAACCACUCCUAUGAAUCCGGUGUUUAUCUUGUUGUGCUAAUGCGGUACGGCAAUGAAACCGAUGCACAUAUGUGCCUGGUCCUACGUUGUAGCUGACUGAUUGACUGAAACCAUCUAAGUAUAUUUCUUAGUUAUCAGUUUUGUCCAUUAACUUGAAACAUAUGAUUUAAUUUAGUUGCUUAGUUGGACAAAAUAACUCAUACAAUUUUUGGUGUAGAGCAACUAAGAAGCUAUCCCAUUUAGUAUUUAUGUUUUCCUCUAUUACCACGAAUACUACUAAUAAUAGCAACCAUAAUUGUUGCAUGCGAUUCUCUAUUUCAUUUAUAUUCCAGUCCCCCAGAACUACUAGAUUCCGAUAGUGUGUUCUACUUGAAUCCACUAUAUCCUCCACAAUCUGAUUUGUGGUUUUCAACCAAUCCCGUUCGACCAACUGAAUUGCAAGUGAUACUUAAUAGAAUUAAAAUGGUGAAAGAGAUUCAAGAAGCAUUUAUGAACAGUCAACCAGAUGGGGGCUUCUAAGCUCAUUUAUAUAUAACCGUAUUCUAUAUGUAUUUUGAUUAAAUUGUUUCUCUCAAACCAAUCUAUCAACGAUUCCCCCCUAUUCUCCCUUUUCAUAUGACUAUAAAAUAGUGAACAUAUAUGCACAUUUGUCUGUCUUUUUUAAUCCUAUCGUUCUUUAUAUCAUUUUUGCCUCACUUUUUCACCUGUAUAAACUGAUUGUGGAAAUAAAUUUUUUACCAUGUGUUCC